AUGGGCUUUGGACAGGUGAUCAACGGCGGGCCGAGCGGUGACAGCGGCGUGGCGGGUGGGGCGACGCGUGCUGAGACGCGGCGGCGUGGUGCCUCUUCGCCAGCACGCGCAGCGCCAGAGAAACGCCGCUGGCCAGCUCACCCUUAUGACGAUGACACGCCGCCGAGGGCGCCGUCUGACGACGACGACGACACUAAGGUGGAGACGCCUGUCCGAUUUCGCACGUCGCCGCCGCUAGAGGCGCUAAAGCCGCGGCGUGAACCGUGUGCGUGUGCGCCACGCUCUCCCCGCCGUCGUCGAGCUCCGCUGCCGCCACCGCCUCGUAGACACAGGCCCGCGCUUGACUUUGAUAAAAUGCAACAGUUAAAAGUGGGCGGUGGUGGCGUGCGAUCAUGGCGCGCGGUUGGUGGCGCGCACGGCGGAGAACUCUCCGUCUUCUGUUGGUGA